GAGAGGGAGAGGCGGAGAGGGAAAGUGAGAAAGAGAAAGAGGAAGGCGAGAGCCACACGUCUGUCUGGGACGCAGCGGCAAGGAGUAGCGACGGCCACACCGGCUCCAUCGUCACCGAGCUCCGAAGUGUGACACCUGUCGGGGCGUGACCUACGGAACCAGCCAGAAGGAGCUUUUCUUGACAAGAGGUUGUGAGUGGAGAGUUGUGCACGGGACUGGAGGAGGUCAAGAGGUGCAAGUGUGGAUUGUCCAGGACUUUCUGGAUGUAGGAGUUUCCCGGAGGGACGUGCUUUAGCUGACCUGACGCCAGGUCCUCCUCUGAUUCGAAGUCCAUUCUGGCUCUGCCAUGAGCAGGAGCUCCUCGAGCUCCCACUGAUCCGUCUUGACCCCCGCAGAGACAUCGGCGCACUAUGCAGAUGUUAUCUGUGGCUCUCUGGAUCCUCAGUGCUUUCAAUCUCAGUCAUGGGCGGGACUUGCAGGCAGAUGAGCGCGAGGGCGCGGAGAACAAAAAGGCCCAGCCAUACAGCAUCCGGACCUGGCUGGAGACCGUGAGCAGCAUGGAUGAUCUGCUGGAGCUCCUCUACCCCGACUACAGUCUAGUGCACCACUGUCUCCAGCAAGCUUUGCAAGGUGCCCCCCCUUCCUCCUCGCUCAAGAAGGCCCCAGUGAGGACGUCCCGCGAGACGGCCAAUCCCAAAACCCAAAACUUAAUCAAGGAGAUCAUGACUGAGCUGCAGCGCACAGCCUGCCAUCCCCGGGAGGAGUGCGUGGAGGUGGCGAAGGAGCACCCAGAGAGCACCAGCAGCUUCUUCCGCCCCCGCUGCAUCUCCGUGCACCGCUGCGGCGGCUGCUGCAACCACGAGGGCCAGGAGUGCGUCAGCACCAGGCAGAACCUGGUUCAAAAGACGCUGUUGCAGAUCUCCCCUCUGGAGCAGAAUCCUUCCAUCAUCACGUUGACCUUUGUCAACCACACAUCCUGCGAUUGCCAGCCCAAGGAAUCCCUCCACACCAUCAGGAGGCGGGCUAUCACCGCUUACUUCUCCCAAUGUUCUCCCCCAGAUGUGCCCUGCAGUCCAGACAUGGUAUGGGACCCCACCUAUUGCAAGUGUGUGUCCAAGAACUCAAGUCCCCUCUCUGCUAAAGAGCUCGAGCUACUGGACGCAGCCCUGCUGGCUCUGUGCGGCCCAAGCAAAGUUCUGAACCGAGAACAGUGCAAGUGCAUGUGUCAGAACGGGCUCACGGAGGCGAGCUGCGGGCCGGGUCAAGUGCUGAAUGACACCUCCUGCCAAUGCGCGUGUAAGCAACAACCCGAUCCUGGGGUGUGUCCCCCCAACCAGACCUGGGACCCGGAGCGGUGCGGCUGCGUCUGCCGGACCGACUGCCCCGCCGACCAGCCUAGAGACCCCGGAACGUGCCAGUGCCAAUGCAGGGAUGGUCCGCAAACCUGCCGCCUUCAGAGGAAAAUGUUCAGACAAGAGACGUGCAGCUGCUACCGACCGCCCUUCCGGAUCUCACCAAAGCCCUCGCAGCUGCCUCAGCCUGCAGCCCGCCAGCCGCAGACCCGCACCUCCAACAGGGAGGGCUGGUGGCUGUCGCGGAACCACUGAGACGGUUUUAGGUUGCCGGGGAAACGCGGAUGAAGAAUAAACAUUCGGCCCGUUGGCACAGCAAGGGCAAGGCUCACGCUUCUUUCUGUGGAUUACCUGCGUACAGCGAGAACAGUGCCAAGAAGUCAUUCUUAUGUUCAGGCAACAUGAAUCACUGCGGAUCAGCAAACUACAAACAUCCUCCACCCUCAGAGCAUACGGCCUGACUUCUGGGAAUAAACAGAGACUGUAUUACACAUGGGUCCAGACUUCAGCCUAAUCUCGGGAUUAGAAGCGGGGAAAUAUGUGACUGCAGGAUAUUGUCGUUCAAUCGAUCAAUAACGGAUGGUAAGAAUUGUAAGCAGAAGGUUGGGACAGAUCUCGGUUCUGCCAACGACAGGUGAAUGACAUACACCCUCACCAACCUGUCACGGGCUCAAACCAAUCUACGGAGCUCGACGAUCAACUUGAUCAGUUGCUGCAGGUUCCAUAAACUGUUCCAUAAAAUCCAUUUUUGUUCUAUGUACAGUUUCGCUACUUGAAGAGCUACAUUUAGAAUUACUCAAAAUAUUUCUCAUACUCCGAAUGUUACACUAUAUAUAACAAAAGAAAAUACUAUUUAUGUUCUUAGGAUUGUAUUUUUGGAUGUGAACAAAGAAUUCUGCAACUCGGUGGUAACAGCUGAAAACAUUGGUUUUAGAUUUAAAGCAAUGUUGAUGCUAAUCUACACCAGUAAAAAACAUUAUUUAUAUAUUUGUAUAAGAAAUAAAAGUCAUAGGGAUCCCAAAGCAUAUAUAUUUGAUCGCAUGCACGAGUGGCUGUGUAAAUUAUUUUAAACUUAAGUUGCUUUGAAUAAGAGCC